GAUUCGACUACUUAUUUGACUGUCCUAGAUCCACACUAUGCCUACGACACGAUCAAAUGCGAAAGCAUCCUCUUCCAAAGCUCAGCUCGAUGACAGGAUCGUGGACCGAAGCGUCCAUGAGGAAACUGAAGCUCCUGACUCAGAUUUAGAGGCACAUAUGAAUGCCGUUGUAAAAGGCAUCGAUACUUACCGGCGAACCAUUCAUACACUUAAAAGGAAGAACAGCAAACUACAAGCUGAGCUCGAUUCUCUGCAUGAGGCUGAGGACGUCUCAAUUCAACCACGGAAAGGAAAAUCGGCUGGCCCAACCGUGGCUAACCUUCAAGCUCAAGUCAAAAGGCUGAAGCGGGAGAACAAAAAACUGGAGGAGGCCCGAGAAUUGGAUAGGAGGAAGCUUCGAAAGUACAGGAUGAAGGAAGUGAAGGCUGAUGCCGAAGAGCUGGGUAACGAGCUUUUCCAUGGAGUCGUAGACACUUCGCACCAUAUGCUCAAAAUGCUACGGAGCUUCCAAGAUACAAUGGCGAAGGCCUGUCUGGAAGAGGAUCAGGACUGUGCGAUAUGCUUGGAAAAAAUGGUACUCGGUGAAUGCCAAAGCCUACCUUGCGAGCACAUUUUCUGCACUGCUUGUUUGGUUCAGUACCAAGCAGGUUCUCCGGAACUUUCAUGCCCCGGAUGCAGAAAGCAAUGUAAACGAGAAGAUCUUGAGGUGGUCGAUAUGACAGCAACAGCACAAUGGGAUCAUCUCUUAUCACUGGCUCAAGACUUUGGCGUGAUGGACAGUACUCGGGGCGCACAAGAAACUAGCGAGGAGGAGGCCGAGGAGGAGUUCAUCGAUGAUGAUCAGCCGGAGAAUAGCUCCACAAUGUCAGCUGUUCCUGAGAGCGGACUUGCGGGUUCAGAACCAGAGGGAGAGCCUGAGGUUAACGAAGAGCUUCCACCAGCUGCACCCGCAGAGCAAGCAGAUGAUAUUCCAGCGUCAGAUGCGCCAGAGUCGAGUACUACAGCGUCGCAAGCUCAACCAUUAUCAGCGUCAUAUUCUCGAUCUUCGUCGGCUUUGAAGCGGCAAAAGAUGGAGGAACUAGCGGCUGAGCGUUUGCGGAAGAAGAGACGCUAGCAUGGUAGAAGUACGAUAGUUAUCGGCCGGGUGUUGUACUACUAUAGAGAACCCAUGAAUAGGAACC